AUGACGUCACUUCCGACUGGUUCGGAAGGGGCGGGCCCCAAACUUCCCUCAGCCACCUCCCCCGAAGCUAGGUGGGGGCGGGAGGAACCGGUAAAGGAGGUGAUGGCGGUUCUUUUGACUCCGCGGUUCCGUAUCCUUGUCAGUCAGAGCGAGCUUCGGGGCCCAAGACUGAGCAGGCCGAGUUUCGUAAGCCCUUGAGGUGGCUUAUAUCGGAAAAGAAGGACAGGAUUCUCUGGUCCUUUUCAAGCUACUCAGCUCUGGGAUGGUAUUAUUCACUCCCUUUAUACCCAAGUAGAAAUAAAAAGAAGACGGCAACUAUGAACAUACAAAGACUGUUUUAUUGGUUCUGAUGCUGUUGAUGUAGUAUUAACUCAUCUUAUGCAAAAUAUGUGCCUAAGUAGCACUGACAUCUCUCGUCUUAAAGGAGUUCAUCUUUGCCAAGUUCUAAUGAAUCAUAAAGUAUUUGAACCAGUAGGAAUGAAACUAUUCAAAAAUGAAAAGGAUUUGGAAUUUGAAGAUUCAAACAGCAGUCUUUACCGGUUUCUAGGCAGAAAGCCACCUCAUGUUUUUUGCAAAAGGAAAAAAGAUACAGAGAAUGAGUUAAUUGAUGAAAUAAAAGCAAAAGAACCUACAAGAACAGAAGAUGAAAUGAUUUCAAAUCUGCUAGCACAAGAGAUUGGGGAGGAAAGCAUUGAGGAACUUAUUCAUAUACUGAGCUGGAAUCCAGCUUUACCUCCAAAUAUCACAGUUAACAAACCUGUCCUCCAGCUUUCAAAAAAAGAUGUUUGGAAACAACAAACAUUGUUACAUAUUCUUCAGCUGAUUCACAUUCCCUUCCUGGAAAAUAUUUUGGAACCACCAGUUAAAUGACAACAUCUUCAUUUAAGUAAAGAAGAAGACCUUGUUAUCUCAAACACUUGCCUAGAUAGAGAAGUUAUUCCAAACUUAAAUCUACCUGAGAUUGACAGUUGGCUUAAUGCAGCAAUUGAAUGCUUGGAGUAUUUCCCUGACCAGUUAAUAGUUACAGUUAGUCAGCAGGUACUACAAAAUGCAAAUGAAAAGACAAAAUUGAAUAUUCAGAAGAAGAUACUCUUUGAUGUCAUAGUAAAAUACUAUAAUCAAGAGAGAGACUGCCUAUUAACUGAUGAGUAUUUUGAUGUUCAUUCAGGAAUUAUUGAACUUCUAGAAAGUAGGAAAAGCACAGAGGCUCUGGAAGCAACACAAAUAUAUUUGAGAUUGUUGUUGCCCAAUGUUAGAGAGGAAUUACGCCGGCUGCUUACUUUUAUGGCUAGUGCAUCAGAACCUAAUGCCUACAAGCUACAAAAACAGUAUGACAACAAAACAGUGGUCCUGAAAACUCUUACCAAAGCAGUUUUGCAAACCAAAUCAUUACACAAAGAACAAACAGAACAUCUAGUCUGGUUUCUACUGGAGCAUCACUCCGAGCUCUUCAAGACACCUGUUAUUUUAUUGGAUCUUGUUAGUAAGAAACUUAAGAAGCUUGUACAUGAAGAGGAUCCAGAUGCCAUAUCAGAUGUUAAGAAUUUUUUAAAGGGAGAUAAUGAAUGUAACUGCUUUGCACAGAGCCAUGUGUUUCGAGCACUUGGAAAGCAAAGUUAUCUGGUUCCCCUACAGGCUGCUGUAACUAAAAUGACUGUGAAUCUUCUCAAUAGGCUAAACCACUAUUCUGAACUUUCAGACACUAUGUUAAAGAGCAUUAAGCUAGACAAUUUUUAA